CGGAGGGUGGGGCCGGAGAGCCGGAAAAGCUGGCGCUGGAAUUAGAACGGGAGUGGCUGCCCUGGCGCGGGCUGCAAGGCGGUGGGUGCUUGACCCGCAGACGACCCCAGGGAUGGGCCGGUGGUUUUGAGGGGAGCGCCUGUGGAUCAAGCUAUAGUGAAAAAUGUUUCGGAAAGGCAAAAAGCGACACAGUAGUAGCAGUUCCCAGAGCAGUGAAAUCAGUACGAAGAGCAAGUCCGUGGACUCCAGCCUCGGGGGCCUCUCUCGAUCCAGCACCGUCGCCAGCCUGGACACAGACUCCACCAAAAGCUCAGGUCAAAGCAACAGCAACCUAGACACCUGUGCAGAAUUUCGGAUCAAAUACGUCGGUGCCAUCGAGAAGCUGAAACUGUCUGAAGGAAAAAGCCUCGAGGGGCCACUAGACCUGAUAAAUUAUAUAGAUGUUGCCCAGCAAGAUGGGAAGCUGCCCUUUGUCCCCAUGGAGGAAGAGUUCAUCAUGGGCGUGUCCAAGUACGGCAUAAAAGUGUCGACGUCGGAUCAGUAUGACGUCCUGCACCGGCACGCCCUGUACCUGAUCGUGCGCAUGGUGUGCUACGACGACGGGCUGGGCGCCGGGAGGAGCCUGCUGGCUCUGAAGACCACGGACGCGGGCAACGAGGAGUGCAGCCUGUGGGUGUACCAGUGCAGCAGCCUGGAACAGGCGCAAGCAAUCUGCAAGGUUCUGUCCACCGCUUUCGACUCCGCGCUGACGUCUGAGAAGGCCUGAACCGCGGGUGGGAGUCGACCGCCCGUGAACGAAGCCCCGCUGUCUUCCCCACGGCUCCGCUCCACUCCCACUCGGCAGCGCUGAGCCCGUGUGAGCGCGGGAAGCGGUGCCUUGCUCUGCUUUCUGGGGGGGGGGGGGGAGGGGGAGGAGCUGUGUAUAAAAUACCGAUCGUUUGUUUUUCUAUUAAAGCCUCUUAUUAACAGUGACUUAACUCGCUGGUGUUAUCCACUUGUU